AUGGUGGGGCUGGAUGCGUUUUUCACGGGUGAGGGGGGGAUUGCGGGGGCGCUGGGGAGGUCUCGUUGCGAUGCGCUAGUUUCGUCGGGGCUGGUGUCGACGUUGCAGGUGUUUGCGGCUAAGGCGGGGUCGCUGGUAUUGGCGGUGCCGGUGGGUGUGUGUUUCCGGCUGGGACGAGAGUGGUGA